AUGGAAACAAAUGGACAUCUUCACAGCUCCCAUACCGAGCAUUCGAUGCUGAUGCAAAUUAAUUCCCUUCCGCUGCAUCCUAUGCUCAUCACAAAUGACGAAGCUUGUGAAAAAACCUUCGAGUCAUAUUUAAUUCAGUUGGAAAGUUACUUGAAAGUGAUCUUAGAGCAAGGGAAAAAGAUUAACGAAGACUUAGACGAAACUAUUACGCAACUUCAAAACGCAAAUCCCCACGGGACAACCCUUCAAGACGAAUCAAAAACUGACAUCGAAAUCGUUAAAUCUCUGAGGUCUAGCUUUAUUUCAGUACCUGAACCUCCUUUUUCAAUAAAAUUAUCCUCCGCCAUUGGCCAAGUUAUUUAUAAGAACAAGCCGUUUUCAUUGAAAUUAAAAAUUUCAAGCCAAAAUAGCUGUGAACUUGGAAAGGUUUCUUUGAAAAUCAAGGUUUACACCUAUGAGCUGCCACCAAAGGAAAUACUGUUCUCUACAAAGGGAGAAGCCAUUCUGGUUAAUGCAAGAACUAAGGAGCUGGACAGCCCAAAAAGCAUCAAAUUUAAGCGUGUCAGCUUCACAGAAGUCUCAAGUCGUUACCCAGGAAAAAAAGUAAUCAUGUUAAUUUUAGCUGAUGGCAGAAGCGAUAUCACACCUUUGAUAAUUGAAGGCAUCCAGGUAAAAUCUAGAAUGCCCAAUCAAUUGGCAGCUUAA